GAUAAACUUCAAAAAAUGGGUAAGUAUGUUUUUAACACAGAUUGGCUUUAUAUGGAAGAAUAUUCUGAAUGGCUUAAAGAUUGGGAAUAUGUUCGCAAUGUCUUCAUAUGUGCCUGCGGUUGCAGUAAAGUUGUGAAAAUACCAAGGUCGGAUUGCCAUAAAAGUCAAAUUGAGUUAGAAUACGAAUAUCAUGAAAACAUGCCUAGUUCAUGGCGUCGCGAGACUACUGAAGUAAUUAUGCUGGAUGGUUUAAUAGUUGUAUACAGAAGCAAUGUAGAUCUCUUUUUUUAUGUUAUGGGUAGCUGCCAUGAAAAUGAACUGAUUUUGGUGAGUGUUCUGAAUUGUCUGUAUGAUGCUGUAAAUCAAAUUCUUAAAAAGAAUGUUGAAAGACGCACUCUUCUUGAAAAUCUUGAUGUUAUUUUGUUGGCAAUUGAUGAAAUAUGUGAUGGUGGAAUAGUUCUUGAAGCAGAUUCUACAUCUGUAGUCCAGAGAGUAGCUGUACGAUCAGAUGAUAUACCACUUGGUGAACAAACAGUAGCACAGGUUUUGCAGUCAGCAAAAGAACAGUUGAAAUGGUCAUUAUUAAAGUGAUUUUGUAGUUGCAUAUUCAUGAUUUAUUUCAUAAAUGUAUCAUUUUUGUAUUUUUCAACAGUUAUUACAUAUAUAUAUGUUUCUGGAUGUAAUUAAAAUGUUCUAUUUAGA